AUGGCUGCAAUAUCGUUAGGACAACUCCGUAACGAGUUCAAUGACUUCGAUCAAAUUUAUACCUACUGCGAAGCAAAGCGAAAAUACGUAAAAAAAGAUGGCUCAAAAACAGCUAAAGCUUUUGUGAAAUUUAUUUCCAACGAAUUGCAAAAUCAAUUCCCCGAAUACGACGAGAAUAAAAAGGGAUGGAUCACCAGAAACACUCGUUGUUCAGGAAAAAAGGGCGACUUAGACAACCACGAUGAUGAUGAACGUUUGGUGAAACAACUUGACACUCAUCUAGCUUUAAUAAAUACUGCACGUAUGACGUUUCAUUUGCUUGCAAAGGAAGGAAGAUUUCAGUGA